AUGUUCCAUUCCUUUGUUCAUUUCAUUACAUAACCCAAAAGAGUAAACUACCCUCCUUCCUUAAAAGCACCCCUUUUGCCAAAAGUUCAGAACGUCACCAUGAAGAGAAGCAUCACAGAGCUCGAUCACAGCGUAACCAUGGCGAAUUGCUUGAUGCUGCUCUCUCGAGGCAACGACUACGACUCGUUGAUCUCCACCUCAUCAUCUUCCUCCCCUAGCCGCGUCUUCGAGUGCAAGACUUGUAAUCGUCAGUUCCCUUCGUUCCAGGCGCUUGGAGGACACAGAGCGAGUCACAAGAAGCCGAGGCUAGCCGGAGGAGACGGGUCGAGUUCCGACAGCCAGUCGUCUUCGCCGAGCAAACCCAAGACUCACGAGUGCAACAUAUGCGGGUUGGAGUUUGCUAUAGGUCAGGCCUUGGGGGGUCACAUGAGGAGGCACAGAGCAGCCGUGACUGAUAAUAACAAUCAUCACCAGAAUAAUAACGGAGUACAAUCGAAUUCUAUGAUGGGUUUGAAUUCUAAUCUGGGCCAAGUAGUUGUCCCGGUUUUGAAGAAGACGAAUAGCAGCAGGAGAGUUUUGUGUUUGGAUCUCAACUUGACGCCCUUUGAGAAUGACAUGGAGAUUCUUGGAAUAGGGAAAACAACUCCUCCUCUUGUUGAGUUUAUUUUCUAGAUAGGUCAUAGAAUUUGAAUUCAUUUUGUACUGUAAAUCAUCACAUAGACUCAUAGAGUUGCCCAGGGAUACCGUAUACGGUACGAUCCAUUUGUAUUUGUUCAUUAUAAUUUACAUACAAUAAGAGAGAUUAUUUUCAUGCA